AUGCUCUUCCUACCAACCCUCCUCCUCACAUCCACCCUCGCCUCUCCCCUACCCUUCUCCAACUCCUGUACCCCCACCAACCUCGUCCAGAACCCCUCCUUCGAAUCCAACCCCUCGGACCUUUCCCCCUGGCUCUCCCUAGCCACGGGCUCCUUCUCCUCGCGCACCCUCUCGCGCGACAACCCGGGCGGCCACAACAGCGCAACCGCGUACAUCGCCUCAUGUAAUAGCAGCGCGGAUAUCCUGUCUACGCUUACACUGUCGCAGUCGUAUAUUGAGGUGGCGGGUGGAAAGACGGUGGAGUGUUAUGCGUGGGCUAGAGCGGGGAAAGGAGGGAAGGGAGGGGCGAGGGUGGAGGUCUUUCUUGAUGGGACGAGUUGUGGGGGUGUGGUUGAGGUGGGCGAGGGACAGGAGGAGUGGGUGAAGGUUGGGGGGAGGGUGGUUGUGCAGGAUGUGGGUGCGGGUGGUGUGGGACAUACGGUUGCGGUUACAGUACAAGGGUAUGGGGCUGAAGGGGAUGGGGGAUGGAGUAUUGCGAUUGAUGACGUUGGGGUUGGGGUUGGAUGUUGA